AUGGCUUAUAAUGCUCUUGAUCAAAAUGAUUUUGAUGGGGACCAUGAUGGGGAUCAUGAAAUAAACUCUACUUCUUCCAAUUCUCCAUUCCAACGAUUGUCAUCAAAUCAUCUAUUUUUAGAUGCGCAAAAUAGCGAUACGAGCCACGGGCAAGCAUAUUCUCCAGAAAAUACACCGAGUCUCAGCCAGAUGGUACAAUCGAUUACUUCGAAGAGUACAAAAACGAGCGGGAGCUAUGAUAUUGUAGAAGACGACGAUUACGAAGAGCACGAGGUAGAACGAGAGCCAACGUCCCCUCCUUCACUGCCGCUGUCACCAGAAAGGAAGAACGUCACAUCGCGAGAGGGAACCACACCGGAGAAACCCCUAGUUUUGAGCAUUCCACGGCCCCUUCCCCGAAAUAAUACAGCUACAGGGUCGUCCAACAAUACAACUUCUCCUAUAUCACCUCGUGCAAUAUUAUCGAAAGAACGUGCGCCGAUUGUUCGUACAGCAUCAGGUCACAGCAUUGCGUUACGGCACCCGACACCCGAUUUACAAACGCUGCAAGGAGCUUAUGUAGGGAAUAUUGACAAAUUGGAAAAGACAGCAGAGCGAUUGAGUAUGACCUCCUCCAUCGAUGAUGCGAUUCGGGAACUCCACAUGGAGCAGAAGCGUUCUGAUAGUCGCCGGUCAUCCAUUCUGUCACAGCUUAACGAAAUGCCACAAGUCUCAAGAGAAGUCUCCAACCCCGGCUCCAUCAUCGAAUUGAACAAUGCUGCAAGAUCUGGGGGGUAUUCACCUGCAGGGUAUAUGAUGUCUCCGAAGGGUUCCUUUUCUACCACUACGCGAGGGAGAUCUGCGUCGAAGGGCUCGAGAUUUGGAAAUCGACCAGAACCAGAGUUAGAAGGAAGACCGUUGGAUUCGUUUGUCAAUAUGUCCUUUCCCUCACUGGUCGACCAUCGAACGCCUUCAAUCGCGGAGCAAGAUGAACGCUCUGCGACCUUGACACGGCCAACAGUUGACAAUAUCGGUACAGAAAAUACGGCGGAGAAUAUGGCAGGCCAGGUUGAUGAAGCUCGACCUCAAACCUCAACAUCAACCAACACAUUUGACCAGGCAGAGCGAAUGUUUGCGGAUUUCGAUGGGGUCCACUCUGCACCUUUGAGAACGUCAUUUGAUCACGAAUUUAUCAUGGAAGAACAAAAUAAAGCUACACCCGGAAUGCCUGAGGAGCUACAUGAUGAUCAGAGGAGAUACUCAUCUGGUACACAGCUUUUGCAAGGGGACAAUGAUCAGAGAAGAGUAGUAUCUGGUGAUCGGCAGUCGAUGGCUAGGCCGCAGACGUAUGCUGAUCCAAGUACUGGCCAGCAGAUGGUUUACUACCCAGCACGAGUUCCCAUGAUGCUCAAUUUGCCUCAGAAACUCUCCAAGAAUCCAUCUUCUAUGGCAAGGAAUAAGAGGAGAUCGCAAGUUCUCAGCAAUAUUCCAGCUGCUGCUCGGCAAUCAGCUAUUUGGUUACCCGAUGUGUUGGAGAUGAAUGGCGAGCCUCUACAUGAAAAUGACGAUGCGCAAAAUUUAGAAUAUGUUCCUCAGCAUCAGAGAAUGAGUAUGGGUGGACGAAGAAAUACACAGGAUUUGUCGCAUAUGCCUCCCCACCUGAGAGCAAACGCAUUCUUUGAGCUCCCACCGGGGCAAACCGAGGCUAUGGAGUUAAAAGAUCAAUCGGCUGUUGCUACUCUGGAUAGUAUCUUGGAUGCAUCUGCUCAUGCUCCUGUCACCGCGUUCGUUGAUCAUGCAAUUGCUGGGCAUCUUGGAAACGAGGUGUACGGAAAAACACACCAACGCAACAAGAGUAGUGCUCAAUUACUGACACCGACACCGGAGAAGCCAGAUAUUUCAAAGAAACGAACAAGCUCAUUCAACUUUCUAUUGGGCCGUCGGUCAAGUAGCAAUAAUCUCCUUGGAGAUGAUGGCAAGCGUGCUUCUACAAUGUCCAAUAUUCAGGUUGAGAGAAAGGCGACCAGGUCUCCUAUUGAAGAUGACGAAGAUGACAUCAAUAACAAAGAUACAACGCCUUUACGACACACACGUGGGGUUAGUGGUGCCACUGAUCUCAUACGCGCCGAGGAAGGUGAAGUAGAAAGUGAAGAGGAUGAGGGUCAAAGGGACGAUGAAAUUUACCACGGCCCACCAACCACACUUCUUGCCGAGCUACAGUUGCGCAAGCAACAACAGAAAAUUCGAACUAGACCACCUCUUAGUGUUAAUGGCAUGCAGUCAACAUUACUCGAGAUGGACACAGUUCUACAAAGGCAACAACAAACCAGGAAACAAAAACGGGUUAAUCUAGCAUGGCAACUUGGAGAUAAUGAGGAUCCUGAUGCCGAAGAAGAUGAAGAUGUUCCCUUGGCUAUGUUAAAUGUAGCAAGAGCUCAUGUUCAAGAUACACGCAGACCCCUUGGUUUGAUGGAAAGACGUGAAUUAGAAGACAAUGAGCCACUCAGUAGACGCAGAGCUCGAUUAACUGGCCAACCUAUGCCAAUGCCUCGAGCUACUACCAUGAUGCACAUUCCUACAGGCAUUCCUGUUGUGGAAGAAGAUGAAGGAGAGACACUUGCACAACGCAUCCGACGUCUGAAAGAACAAGGAGGAACAGCAACUGGCCUUCCAGCUACGAGACCUGUUAGUGGUGAUUUUGCAUCUGAGAUGAUGAGUCAAUUCGGUGGAGACAUUUUGAAUGUUGAUGGUGGCAAGGGCAAAGGAAAGGAAGUUUCUACAACUCCAGUCAAUGAAGAAGAGGAAACCUUGGGCCAGAGACGUAAACGUCUUCAGGCAGAAAAGGAAGCUCGUGAAAAAGAAGUCGGCACGGCCGGUGAUGCUGAAGCGACUCCAGAACCUUUGGUCAUAAACAAGAUGAACAGUAUGGCUGACAUUCUUUCGGCUCACCCAGCCGCUGGCGCAAGUCGAAAUUCAUCAUUUGCCAAACCAUCCCGACCAGCUACUGGUCUCCUCGGCUUGCACGAGAAGCAAACUCAGCGAAGAGCUAGCACAAUGACUAACCUUGUCACUCAACAAAAUAUGGCUCCCCGUGUUACUCGUGUUAAAAGUGGCACAUACAAUGACCCGCAAUCUCAUGGGCAACUUAAUACAAUCCGGCCACCAAAUACUUCCAACUACAACCUUCACAACAGCGCACUUCCCAAUAGCGGCUACCCACAAUUCGCUCAACCAACUAUGAACUACAAUAACUUCAAUAACUCCAUGACACAAUAUGGAAAUGCACAUCCCAACAUGGGCUAUCAAAACAACAUGCCCAUGGGCGGCUAUAAUAACAUGAUGCAAAUGCAGAAUAUUCACACAAAUCCUAUUACUGGCUUGGCUACAGGACCUGGUGGUGAACCGCUUAAUCAGGGGCAAGUUGAUAUGGUAGAGCGAUGGAGACAAAGCGUUAUGCAUUAA